GCUGUCAAGGAAACUUGCACCGUAAAGGUCCAAACACAGGUCCCUGAUUGAGUUAGUCCUUCUGCUUCUUCUGCACUGCCGAAGUUGCCUCUUUCCUGUGCGCCAGCCGCUGUCUCAGAUGCCAUUUGAUCAACACACAUAUCCGCAGAGCACAUGACAGCGGCAGAAAAUCAAAACCGGCAUGGAGCACGGUUUGAGCAAACAGCAGCGGAUCAAAGCGCAGAUGGCUCUCAUCCUCGACGGCCAUCUUCUCCUGUCCAUCGGCAGUAGUGGCCUUGCCCUUUCUCGCCCGAAGCGACCUGCGGCAGAGGUCAGCCAUCUCAUGGUCGCAGAGACACACGUUUGGGCCGAUGAUUCGAUCGAGCAUCCACUUGAGUUUGCUGAAAGGGACCUCCAUCUCCUCUUCCCAGUCCUCGUACACGAUUGUCAUUGUCUUGGCGCCCGCCUCUUUGGCUGUGCGGCUUCGCUUUGGCUUCUUGGUGGCUGUCUUGGCUCUGCGCAGCGAGGGCUUCGAUGCCUUGAGGGGCUUGUCCGCAGCAGAACUGCUGCUGGCCAGUAGGUGUAUCGGCUGCUCUGCUGUCUCCCUCUCCGGCCGCUGGGCAGUCGCCGUGAUGUGUGCCGCAUAUCCCCGAUACCAACGGCAGAAGAAGCUGCAAUGCUCGUCUUCCCAUCUGGUGAGCUCCUCACACAGGGCGUGGCAAAGCAUGUCCAGGUCAAUCCAUUCGAGUGACUUCUUGGUGAGGGCCUUCAUCUUGGGCCCCCCACCACCGCCCCCCUUGCCAGAACCGCUGCCCUUCUUCUUUUGCGCUGGACCUUUCUUCGCCUGUGGUGAGGAUGGCUUGCUCCUCUUGAUAGUGUCCAGCAUCCUCUUGACCACGUCCUCCGACUUGAUCUUUGUCUCACUACUCUCGGUGUGAUCGCCGUCGUCUGUGUCUCCCCUUGUGACAAUCUCCUCCUUCAUUUCCCACAGGCGAACGAACAGCCGACGCCUGUACUGGGCGAGAUUGAAGGGACGCACUUGCCGCAGCGCCUUGAAAACCUCCAACUGGGGGAACUGAAUAGUCUUCAUGGCCUCAUUUGUCCCGCCACACAUUGCCCGAAGAGGGGAUGGCCUCAGCAGUGCCUCACAGACUGCUCCCAUCCAGGAGGCGUCCCGCGCAGACACGGGGACCUUGAGCAGCUUUGAGGGCGCUGACGCGACGACAAUAGCCCCCAAAGAAACAAAGAAACGGUCGGCCGCUGUGUGCAAGACAGACCGCGACACAUCAGCCUGCGACGGAAAGAGACAUCAUGGAUUCACGGAGCUGCUUGUCUUGAUUUCUCACUUGGCAGAGGCUCAUGAAGAAAGGCACUCGCGCGAAAGGAACACUGUCAUUCCCGUUGUUUGCAACACCAUGACACGAAGAUAGAAACGAUCCCAGUCGAUGUUUGAGGCCCGACAGAGAGAAGGUGCCGGUGACGAAAUCGGGGAAAGGCAGCGAAGGGUGAGUGCUCAUCUCUCUGGGGGCACGGCGCUUUGCGGUAGUGAUCCCCUGCUGCUGGCCGGCUGCCGACUGAGAGUCGGUGAGGGACUGAGCUAUCUGUAAGCGGCCGACCUUGGGGGCUUUGUACACAUCAGCCAGCUUGUGGCAAUAGACCUCUAGAACAAUCCGAUCCAGCUCUGAAGGAAAGCGAAGGGACGCUGCUGUGGAGUACUUCGGUUGUGUCUCUUCUUGUUACAGACCCUGGCGGCUGAGUGAGGGGUCGGCCUCUGCGAGUGCGAGAGCCAGCAAUCAGAGACAUAUGAAGCAUGUCAUCUCUUGGCCGCGCUUCUUUACUUUCUGUCCGAAUGGGGAAAAACGGGUCCAGACUCGAUCUGUCAAAACCGGGCACUGAAGACUUGGGCACGGCCCACUCGAUGGGGGCGGCCAACGCCGGCACACGACCCACAUCAUGCUGCAAACAGACGGAAAGGCUAUUCGAGCUGUUCGAGUCAGUCAGUCGGCCCAUAUUAGACCCACUUGUGUUGAGGUGGUCUGGAUCAUACUCUUUGGUAUGGGCGUCUGUGUGUGGGUCUCACUCCUGUCGGGCACUACUCUGCAGAAGGGAGACAUGCAUGUCUAUGCAGGAACGAACGCACUUGCCGUCACGUUCUUAGUUGUCAUUCACCUGAAGUCUUUGAAAUUGUGUGGCAGCAUCUGUGCAAGCCUCUGGGAGAAAAAGGCAUGCUCAAACGGUGACCGAAGGUUGAAAGUCGCCCUUUUAAGAUUAUGCGCACCUGCAUGCACUCGGUCAGUCCAAUGUUGUUCCGGACGUUCCUCAUCAGUCGUUUCAGCUGUCUGUCACUCUCAUUCAUCCGUAUCCGCGCCACAUCAGGAUAGCUGUAGAGCCAUCGCUUCACCAACUCAGCAUUCUCUUCCUCGCCCUCCUCAACCUCAGCCGACUCUGUCGCACUCGACGACUCGCUCUCAAAUUCUCCAGUCCUUUUCUGCUUGAUGCGCCUCUUGCGCCGUUCUGCCUUGGCAUUGGCUGCCCAUGUGGAUUCCUUCCUCUCGGUGCUCUUGAGCAGGUGGAGGCUCUCGCUGACACUGGCAACGAUUGUCUCGAAAAAGGGCAUCACUGCGGAAAGCGGAGAUGAUCGAUGAUCAGCAGGAUUAUGCGAGAAAAAUGAAUGUACAAGCGAGGUGUGACUACCUUCUGAGUCGAGGUCGGCGACAAGUCUCUGUGCCCUUCUGGCUGACUCGCAGUACUGCUGGACCUUCGCCUUUUCCUCAGGCGUGAGAGAGUACCGUUUUGUCGGCGUCGGGGUCUGUUUGCUGGAAGACGACGCAUCCGCCCCACGUCCCCGGCCUACAUAGCACAGACACAAUCAAGCAUAUGAGCAAGAUUCAGGCGUUGGUCCCGUGUCUGACCACUAAUCUUCCUCCCGAAGGCUGAAGUGAUGUUCAGUAGCUUCCAUCUGGGGCUCACAUCCUGCUGAGCUUCCAAGGCAGCAGCAGGAGGCUGAGCGACACUCUGCCGUCUCGAUCCUCGUCUUGGCUCGGUUGUACGUGUGCUGCCUGCAUCUGCAGUGUCUGGUGCACGAUGGCCGCCGAUUGGCAGCACCUUUGCGCCCUGAAGUUGAGGCCGUGUGAAGAGGCUGCCCUUCGUGCCAUCGCGGUGCUCCGGCGUCAGUCGUGGGCAAAUGGAGAAAGCAUUAGAGGGCGAAAGAGCAGCAGAUUUAGCCUCUAACCACAUAUGGCGGAG